AUGUCUUUCUCCAAGAUUGCCGGUGUUGUCCUCGGCUCGGCCGCUCUGGUCGCUGGUCACGGUUACGUCUCCGGUGCCGUUGUUGACGGUACCUACUACGGUGGAUAUCUGGUUACUCAGUACCCCUACGAGUCCAACCCUCCCGACACCAUUGCCUGGUCCGACACUGCUACCGACUUGGGCUACGUUGAUGGCUCUUCGUAUGCUUCUUCGGACAUCAUUUGCCACAAGAGCGCUGAGCCCGGUGCUAUCUCCGCCCCCGUCAAGGCCGGUGGCAGCGUCGAGCUCCAGUGGACUACCUGGCCCGAGUCUCACCACGGCCCCGUCAUCACCUACUUGGCCAACUGCAAUGGUGACUGCUCCACCGUCGACAAGACCACCCUGAAGUUCUUCAAGAUCGACGAGGGCGGUCUCAUUGAUGACACCACCGUUCCCGGUACUUGGGCCUCCGACAACCUGAUCAGCAACAACAACAGCCGUACCGUCACUAUCCCCAGCACCAUUGAGGCCGGUAACUACGUCCUCCGCCACGAGAUCAUCGCUCUCCACUCUGCCGAGAACACCGACGGCGCUCAGAACUACCCCCAGUGUCUCAACCUGAAGGUCACCGGCGGCGGCAGCGACUCUCCCACCGGCACCCUCGGUACCGCUCUCUACAAGGAUACUGACCCCGGCAUCCUGGUCAACAUCUACCAGUCCCUGAGCUCCUACACUAUCCCCGGCCCUGCUCUGUACACCGGUGCCGCCUCUUCCUCGGACUCGACCACCACCGCUGCCUCCGUGGCCGCUACCACUACCGCUGCUGCUGCCACCACUGCCGCUCCCUCGUCCACCGUGGCCUCCGUCGGAGUGAUCUCCAGCGCUUCCCCCGUUAGUGUCACCCCCAGUGCCAGUGCCACCCCCAUCCGGAGCCCUUCAUCCAUCCCGCCCUUCUCCAACUCCACCCGCCUGCCCCGUCCGUCCUCGCACGGUCGUCGUCCAGGCCACGGUGCCGCUCCCUCGGGCCGUCCCCAGUUCACUGCCCCCUCCGGCACUGAGAACCAGGCCUCCACCGUCACCGAUUAUGCAACUGCCACCGAAUAUGCCACUGCCACUGUAUCAGCUCAGUUUACUGACUCGCCCAAUGUCCAGACUCCUAGCGCUGAUGACACCGUCACCGUCACCGCCAGCGCGGGAGGCCAGUCCGCCGCUAGCUCGACUCCUGCUGCCAGCAGCUCGGAUUCUUCCUCUUCCUCCUCCUCUUCCUCCUCGGGCUCCUCGGACUCGUCUAGCUCCGGCUCUACCACUACUGGUUCUACCACCAGCUCUGGCUCUAGCUCCUCCUCUUCCGAGUCUAGCUCCUACAACUCCAAGGACUGGUCUUCUUAUCUGAGCUCCCUGACCGCCGAGCAGUUCCUCAACAUGCUUCGUCAGACCCUCAAGUGGCUCGUCAGCGACAAGAAGGUGCACGCGCGUGACCUUACCGUCUAA